UGUCUUUCCUUCAGUUCCAUUCCUUUCUGUUCCGUUUGUUUCCUUUCCCUUUGUUUCCUUCUGUUUUAUCUUUUAUUUGCAUUCUGAGUAUCUAACCAAUUGUGGAGGGAGAAAGUCGUGAAUGUGUCCGCUAAUCCCACAGUUGUGGCUGUGGUUGUCCCUAUGGUUCUGCUUCCCACACAUCAGACGUGAUCACCAUAUCCAGGGCAGACCUCAGUCCAGAGGAUCUUCCAGCAUGGGCCACUAUCAACUCCACCACGACAACAAACCUGCUUGAUGGUGCCACCCAGGGCCUGGAUGGAGAGCUCAGGCCUGGAUCGGUGAGCCCUCGUCGGUCACCAUCUUCCCCAGCAGGCCUGGACAUGGCUGGGCAGGAUGCAGCAUCGCCAGUUUCGUAUGGAGCUUUUGGAAGGGAAGGAUUUGACAGCUUGGUGAAGAGGAGCACGUCGGAUAAGUUCUCUGACCUACGAAGUCCUAGUGCCUCCGAGGAAGAGGAGGAAGAUGAGAUUAUGGAGAAAGGGAAAGCUGAGAAAGAACGGGAAAAGGACCACGAAGAGAAGGAGGAAGAUGAAGAGGAAGAGGAACAAGAAAGGAAUCAUCUGAGGUCUGUUGCUCAUGAGGAAGAACCUAGGAUUGCCACCAGCCCCAGUAAACCUCAGGACCACGCCCACAUGGAGACCCGAGAUAGGGAUGAGGAAGAAGAGGAGGAAGAGGAGAGAGCAGACUUACACAUGAAGCAAAACAACAUGACAAACAACCUGACUGCUGAGAAAGACCACACCUUCUCCGACUACUCCCAGGACUUCUCAUCCAAGCCUGAAGCCACCUCUGAGGAGACCAAACAGCGGGUUCUGUCCUUCGACUAUACUGAGCCUCAGGUACCUAGCCCUCACGGGCUUCCCCCCGGGUGGCAGGACGGUAAUGACAAGACUCCACCAGAGAGUAAGAGCCCCGACUCCUGUCGAGCGGAUCCUGGAUCGCCAUUCUCUCCAACUGCCACCAAUGAGCAAACCCAGGAGGACCGGUCACCCCUCACCGAACCGCAGUCAGAAGGGCAGGUGCAGGAAGAACAGGAAGAGGAAGAAGAAGAAAAGCAACCUGAGGAGGACGAGGAAGAAGAGCCAGAAGAAGAAGAAGAAGAAAUUGAUGCUGCUCCUUCUGUUCCGGAACAACACUUGCCUUCCAAGAUGCAGGAAGAGGAACUUCCUGUGGAGGAGAAACUUACCUCACCUGAGAAAGCAGAACCUCAAGCCCCUCAGAAGAAGCCGGAGACCUCUAAUGAGGACCUCACAUCUAAGAUGGAGGUAGCUCAAGCUGUUUCUGCAGCAGUGCCUGUUGCCGCAGCAACCGUUGCCACCACAGCAGCUGUUGCCACAGAGAUUGUUGCCACAAAGCCUGUUGACAAAGAAGAACCUGCAGUAAAGAAAGAGCCUGCAGCAAAGAAAGAGCCUGCAGCCAAGAAGGAGCCUGUUGCCAAAGCUAAGCCAGCAGCAGUGGCUUCCAAAGCUCCCAGUAAACCUCAACCUACAUCCAAAGGUGCUUCCAAACCUAGCGCUCCUCCCUCAGCAGGGAGAGCUCCAGUCAAGACAGCUCCAGCUAAGAAACCUCCUGCCACGGUUGCCCCCAAGGCAGCCCUCAAAACCCAGAAAGCCCCCCCAAAAGAUGCCACUCCUGGCAGAAAGCCAUUGGCUGCUGCAGCCCAGGGCAAAGCUAAGGCUGAGGCAAAGAAUGGAGCAGACAAGAAGACACCACAAAAAAGCACACCCUCCAAAGCCAGACCCUCCUCUGUUCCUAAACGGACGCCAGUAGCCUCAGUCUCCCCCUCCAAAAAGCCUUCCUCCUCCUCCUGCUCUCCCCUGUACUCUGGUAACAGGCCCAGCUCAGGGGGUCAGACCCCCAGCACCCCAACAGGAGGCCAGUCCAGGGCCCGGGUCACCAGGGCAGGAGUGGACAAACCGCUGGGUGCUGCCACCAGAAUACCUGCUGUUGCACGAAUGGAUCAGCGGAGACCAGGACCUCCCCAGUUUGAGAGAGCUGACUCUCCCAGGACUCCUGACCGCAGUGGCUACAGUAGCCCAAAAUCCCCUUCCAGCCGCUCCAGCACCCCGGGGCACCAGAUAAAGAAAGUGGCUGUGGUCCGCACUCCACCCAAGUCCCCAGGGUCCCGCCGCACUCCCAUCGCCCCUGUGGCGCCCAUGCCUGACCUUAAGAACGUCAGGUCCAAGAUUGGCUCCACGGAGAACAUCAGGCACCAGCCGGGGGGAGGCAAGGUGAAAAUAGAGGAGAAGAAGAUUGAUGUGAGCAGUGUCCAGGCGAAGUGUGGCUCCAAAGACAACAUUAAACAUACCCCAGGCGGGGGCAAUGUCCAGAUCGUACACAAAAAGAUCGACCUGAGCAACGUGCAGUCCAAGUGUGGCUCCAAGGCUAACAUCCACCACAAGCCAGGUGGUGGGAGAGUGGAGAUCAAGUCUGAGAAGCUGGAGUUCAAGGGCCAGUCCAAGGUGGGCUCCCUGGAGAACAUAGGACACACACCUGGAGGCGGGCAGAGGAAGAUUGAAUCCCAUAAAGUGAAUUUCCGCGAUGGGGCGAAAGCAAGAACCGACCACGGAGCGGACAUCGUCUGUCAGUCGGCUGACCUCUCCAUGGACGGCUCACCCCGUCGCCUAAGCAACGUCUCUUCCUCCGGUAGCAUCAACAUGACGGACCCGCAGCUGUCCUCACUAGCGGAGCAGGUGUCCGCCUCCCUCGCUAAACAAGGCCUGUGAUUUCUUCAGCCACAGCGGAUGCGGUGGAGGGAGCACGCAAUUUUCUGAAGAAAAAUACAAAUAAUGCAACUACACCUCCCAUUCCGUCCUGCAAAAGUAAAUUACACCUUAAAUAGGGCAGCCUAUCUGUGAGAUCAGUCCGUUAUGAUAAGAAUUUGCUUUCUGGGAAAUGACUGAUAGGCCUACUUUUUUAAACGAAGUGUCAUUAUUGCAACUUUCAUUGUUAUUCCAAAUGAUAAAAAACAGAUGUCGGUAUAGGAAACCCCGAUUGAACAAAAAGAAAGUCAGUUCCCGUGUCUCUUCCACUACUGUCUAUAUAUGUUGCCUUAUUGUGAAUGUUUUAGUAGCUUAAUAAUGUCAUGUUUCAAGUUUUAAUGUCGACAGAUCACAAGGGGAUAAUCGAUUUGUCCUAAUAAAAUUAAGCUGUUGACGAAAUGAGAACGUGUAUUCAAACUGACAACCAUUCCAGAUUAGGACAUCUGUUGACAUAGAUUGUGGUUCUUGGAGGUUAGUUGUCUUUAGGCUACAUGUAAAGAGGGCAAAAAUAUUUAAUUGCACUCAGUUUUAAAACAGGGUUAAGUGCCAAAUUGCAUCGUUGGUUCAUCUACAUGUUAUGACCAAGACAGGCACACACUGGGAAUAAAUACAUUCAAGUCUCAUCAUUCACAAGCCUGAAAUCCCUUAAUAAUAGGCAAUUUUUUUUGUUUUCUCAGUGGAACAAAAAUGAUGUUCAUUGAAAUUUCGUGGAGUAAUUUUGCACAUGGCACGAUGUGCUCUUGUCUAUAAUAAAAUAUAUUUAGCUGGCCCUCAAAACUAUUUUCAAUCAGCAUACACAGCUUCCCAGCGUAUUUCAGUCUUAAAGAGCUAUGGCCGUUUUAACAUAAGAAAAAAAAAGUGUAUGCCAGUUUAAUUUGGAAGUGAGCUAAUUGAUGUCUUACGGUCAGUGAAUUCACGUGUAUUAUGAAGUUAAUCGAUGCUUUGACUAUCCUGCAGAAUAGCCUAUUCAGAGAGAACCCGAGUUGGAUUUGUUUGGCUCGGUCCCUGUGCUUCGCAAAAGUAACGGAUUUAGAAUGAGCACGCCGUUUAAUAUCCCCUGCAUCUUACGCUUUACCAAAAAACUGAGAAAUUUGGGCACCCUGAGUGUUGGCACCUGUACGCGAGGCGUUUGUCUCAAAGCAAUGUAUGGUACAAAAGUGCCUGCCCACCGUUGUUAUGCCAUUAACAUUACUCCGCCGUGUUGCAGAUUUAAACCAAUUGACACACUUGUGCAUAAAAUAAGACUCGAAUGAAACAGUUGUUCCAAAUCGGGAUGACCGAGACAGCGUUUCAGUAAAAGAAGGUGAAAGUGAUCUUUUUGGCAUGAAAGUCAUUUACGUCACAUACACUGUCAAUAUUCAUACACAGCUUCUCACAGCAUGGCAUAAAUGACAUUUUAGAAGAAAAAAAAAGGGCAACACCAGGUUGCGACCGCUUAGAACCCCUGUAUACAUCUGCCUAGACUUAUUUCCGAGCUUCAUAUCAAAAACGGAAUAAACAUUUCAAGAAAAAAAAAGAAACAUUGAGCGAAUCUAAGCUUGUUUUGCGCACUUUUCCUCCCUUACUAGUAGUCCGUGAAUGUGAGAUGUAACCGCUAUUCAAGAAAAGAAUGCACCAAUUGUUGGCAAUCUUAUUUAUUUUGUAGUUAGGCUACUUUUUUUCCUUCAAAAUUCCUUAACGCACCUAGUCUUAACACUGUUUUCUCAUACACUGGUACACGUCUGAGAUGGAUUAUAAUAACUUUCAAACCAGAAAAAAGCGCCUGAAGUGGAAUGUGAAAUAACGCAAACACGCGAGGGUUCAUGGAGCGCAACUUCAUGUUGCCCGUCACUGUGUAAAGGCCUUCUGAUGAAUUGCCAUAUACCCAUACCCUGUCAAGAGUGAGUGUGUAGUUGUGCUAACCUGGACCCAAUUCAGUCGCCCGUGCGCGCUGCUCUGUGCGCAACGAAGCGCAUCAGCAUUCCUUUCAGUGUAUGGCGAGCUCUCCAUUACCUGUAUGGACUUGGGGGGAUGGAACUACUGGACCUAACCAACCUAAAUAAGGGUUGAUUAUCAUUAUGAUUAAGAAUACAGUGUUGGAAGGAUAUAAGAGCAAGGCGUGGCAUGCACCAAACAGGUCACUAAAUGGCGAGGUCGAGCGAACGGAAAACUGGAGAAAAGAACACGUUUUACACACCAAAAUAGUCGGAGCCCGCCAGAUGCGUUAAUACAAGAAGGUAUAAGUGAGCAGCUGUCCAGAGCCUUGUGAUCGUGUGGAUUGGUGCGGUAUGGAGAGCUGGAUCCUUUAGUCGUCGAGUGACUUCUCCUGACGGUACAUGUGAGAACUCCUACUGUGUGUAGAAGUGUUGUCAUUUUCCUUGCGGUCCUUAUUUCUGCCUUUUUCCAUUCAUUGCAGUUAUAGUCUACCUUCUAGCUUGACAGUCGUGAUUGUCUAUGUAAUGUGAGUUUUAUUAUUAUGAAUUGGUUUACACUGAUACUUGUUGCUGUAAACGUGAAUUUGGAAAUAAAAGUCGGUAUUCAACA